CGUUCUUCGUCCAAUCGACCCCAGACUCGCUCCUAAGCCUUCAUUCACGUACUAGGACCUGAAACAUCACAAACAAGCACAACCUAGCGUGAAAUCGGCCUAAAACACGAGAAUCAACACCUCAAACGGUGUAAGAAUGGGGGUAAAAACAUGUGUAAAUGACGGUCUAUCAGUCACGGAGAGCUCCCGUGAUGAUCAUGAUCAGGCGUGUCAUGUCGUAGCCGACCACACCUUCCCACACCCCAAACUGAGCUUUGAAGAGGCGGGCAUGAGUGAGGAGAUGCAAGAAGAUCUCAUGAAAGAAAUUGCUUGGCAACUUGCUCUCCAAUCCGUGCUAGAAGAAGAAGAGCAAGAAAGGGUGCAGAAAGAAGUUGUGGAGGAUGACGAAAGUGAAGCUGGAGGAGUUCUUGAUCAUUUCCCAGGGGUGAUACCACAUGAAGAAGGAAGGGAGGUUGAAGAGGCGAUUGGCGUCCAGGCUGAGGACGAAGUUGAGGUGGAAGAGGCUUGCACCGGCCAUGAGUUACAUGUGAUAUCUCCACCAAACUUCGAGGAACUGCUUAGCAAGGACCCAUUUGCAGUGUCUCUUUGUCAGACCAAGGCCACAUCGACAUCAGUCCCUCUUGGUGGACGCGAUGGUGGCCAAUCGAUACUGUCAUAUCUGGUUUGGGGCAAUGAGACGAGAGAAGAGAAGAAGAGGUCUCGAGGGUGGAGACUUCAUCUGCAUCAAGUACAUGAGCCUUCAUCACCUACCACAUCACAUGCUCAUGACUUGAGACUCCACCUCAUCGACGAGAACCUCAACUUCAAGGAGGUUCUCUCAUGGACCGAAACUUAGGAGCCAUCGUCCGGCUCACGACGUGAAAGAAGCGCUUGUUGGGAGGCAACCCAACCAGUCGGUUUGCAUCUCUUUCUCUAUUUCUCCUCGGUUGAGUCAGUUUUGUUAUUUGAUUUUAGAGUCAAUACUCAACCUUUGUGAGAUUUUGUGUGGUGUUUGUGUUCUGAUUACUCUCUCUUUCUGGAAUGCACCGCCUGACCCGUACAUCAUCAUUCACCCUUGAUCUGGUAACUUCGUUCUACCCUCCUUAUCUUUCCUCCAUUGAGGACAAUGUCGUGCUUAAGUGUGGGGGGAUGUUCGAUUAUUUAUGCGGGUGAAUGUUUGGCUGUUUGUGUGCUUGGAGCCUAGUCCACUGUCCAAAUUUUUAAAUUUGAGGGCUCCAAGUACGUGUUUUCUUGCAAUUGCCUGCUCAGUAUGCUUUGAAUUGACAGUCUUUAUAGUAAUAUGCAACCUAGGGAGGUAGUGUAGCACUAUGGAGGAUGUUGAUGCAUCUAAGAAGUCUCAUUUCUUCUUCAUAUUGAGUUGGUUGAUUGAGUGAAUUAGUGAUCUUAGGACCCUUGAAUUGUGUGGUGUUGUGGAUUCUCUGCCUGUCAUGGACUCUUGUAUCAUGUUUUGAGUUUAACAGGUGCUCAAAAAUGAGCUUCAAAAUAACGUCUCCCGUGCGAAUAGGGCGAAAGUGUGUAAGGGGAGACGGGAAUCCGUUCCCAAUUUCCACCUACUACCUCCAGCCCCCUUACAUGUCUUUCCCCAGCACGAGGCUCGAGACAUCCGCUCCUGGCAUGGCCGGUAAGAGCAGGUUGGGACCCUUGAAAAGAAAAGAAAAGAAAAAUAACAGAAAACAAGCAAAACAGAAAGAAAAGGGGUUCCAACCAUCUUCAAAGAAAAUAGAGCACCUUGAAAAAUGUGAGUCCAUGAUCUUUUGUUUUAGAGAAUCUCUUCAUCCACGAUUCAUUUGUCCUCUGUUCACUGUUUGCCAUGAUGCCGACUCGAUAAGAAGCUUUGAGAUGACUUGUGCGUCGGUUGACCUCGUAAGUUGCUAAAUGAUCUGGGAAGUCCUCUACCUACGAUCUGGGUUGUUUGUUGCUAUAGAGGUCUGGAGAGUUGCAUUGGUUUGAGUUAGGUUUGCUUGGGGACAAGCAAACGGUUAAGUGUGGGGGAGUUUGAUAGCCCGUUAGUUACACAUGUUUUCACCCCUGUUCUUACACCGUUUGAGAUAUGGUUUCUCGUGUUUUAGACCGAUUUCACGCUAGGUUGUGCUUGUUUGUGAUAUUUCAGGUCCUGGCAAGUGAAUGAAGGUUUAGGAGCGAGUUCGGGGUCGAUUGGGCGAAGAUCGGGCGCGAGACAAGUCGCAAAGGAGGUCACAUGGGCUACCCUGAUGUUCACACGGCCGUGCGAGAGGCCAGUCUGGCCGUGUGACAUUCUGCGAGAGCAGACACGGGCAGAGCAGCAGAUUGACACGGCCGUGCAAGUGGCCGGGUUGGCCGUGCCACAUCCGCCGAGAGCAGACACGGGCAGAAGGAAGUCACACACGGCCGUGCCACCCUGGCCGUGUAAGAAGCCUGGAAUUCGACUAAGUGAUACGGUGCGUUUUGCCUCACACGGGCAACUGGGUAGGCCACAUGGCCGUGCCACCCUGCCCGUGUGAGUCGGGAUUUCCUGGUUUUAAGCCAAAUUCCGAACCAAAGAAGAAGAGAGCUGGGUUUUGGAUCCCAAACACCCAAGGGACGAACCAGAGAGAGAGGGCGAUUUGAGGGCAUUCUUGGAGUGGAGUUGGAGGAUUUCUUCGCCUUGGAAGCUCGAGGAACAAGCCCGGACUUGAAGACUGAUCAUCUGAAGAUUCUUACUGCAGUCUCUCUCUUCUCUAUGGAGUAACUUCCCUUCACUUAGGUUUUGAGGAACCCUAGCUAUGUUUGUUUGAUUGGAUGAUUGUAUGAUUACUCUGACUUGAUAAUCUUGAGUUCAUAUUCAAUCUAUGCAUGUUUUCAUGAUUCAAU